UUUAUUUCUCCUUAGGCCCAAAUAAGUAGGUUGGACCCCACUCACUCAAGCCUAGAAAAAUGCUGAUUAAGGGUGAACUUGGUCUUAUAAACAAGGCAUUGGUGCCCACAUCUUUCCAUGUGGGACUUCGACACAUUUCUUGCUUGGCUAAUGAGAUUCUUAACCCAAACUGUAAAUUUAAGAAUAUGUUUUGGAAAGCUACGAAAGCAAUGCACCAUCAAUGAGCUUAUAUAAACAUGUAACUUGGGCUCUGCCAAAACACAUGUAUGGUUAUUACUGACCCUAAAGUGCUCUUCCAUCUUUGCUUCAAGCCUUGUGCCAUCAAUUGCUGCUUCAGUCUACAAGGAGGAGGCAGAGAAUUUCAAAUCAUAAAGCAUAUAUGGCAACGAAUAUUGCUCCUACAACUAUAGUAAACGAGCUUCUUAGAAAAGAUAACUAUGCAACUUGGAGUGCUUGCAUUAGAAAUUAUCUGUUGGCUCAAGAUCUUUGGGACGUCGUGGAAUCACCCACUAAUCCUCCCCAGCUUGAAGAAGAUGAAGCUUCUUUUAAAAGCUGGAGAAAGAAAAAUGCUGCUGCGUUACAUGUAAUUCAAGUAUCAUGUAGCCCAGAGAUACUUGGCCAUAUUAAGGGCUUUGACUUGGCUAACAGUGCAUGGGAUACUUUGGCCAGCAUGCUUCAACCACGAGUAGAAGUCUAUGAUAUAGCUGCUCAAGAAGCUCAACGCCAACAAUUCCAUCAAUUUCUGCCCUUAAGUAAGGCCAUAGGCAAAGGUGAUUUGAAUGCUGUGAAGGACAUCAUUCGCAGCAAUCCAUAUGUAAAACAUGCUAGAAAUCCAAACAAUGGCAUGACAGCGCUUCAUUUAGCGAUUUAUGCUGGACAUGGGGAGAUUGCCGAGGAGUUGAUGCAGGGAAUGACUACAGGAGAUUUGGAAGUGCAGGAUUCAUCCGGCUACACCUAUCUGUGUUUGGCUGCUCUUACUGGUGAUGUUAAGGUUGCGAAAAGUCUGGUGGAAAAAAAUGGCGGCUUGCUUUACAUUGCAAAUAGUGAAGGAUUUAUUCCACUUGUGAUGGCAUGUGCUAGAUCCCAAAUUGAUGUGACCCAUUAUCUUUACUCUACCACUCCAAUUGAAUUUCUUUUUCCAGAAAAUGGUUUUCAUGGAAAUGAGCUCCUUGUUUAUGCUAUUAUGAGCAAAAUGUUUGAUAUAGCUUUGGAUCUAGUCCUGAUUUGCCCGAGAUUGGUCCUUGCUUCAAGCAGUCCAAGGCACAACACUAUGCUCACUUUGUCCCGCAUUCCUUCGGUAUUCUACAGUAGCAGUCAGCUUGUUUUUUGGCAAAGGUGGAUUUACCCUGUUAUCAGCGUUCAAUCAACUCCUAGUGUUCGUGCAUAUGUUCCUUGGAAUGGCCAUGGUAUGCAGCAACUUCAUGGAUUGGUUUCGCAUUUCUUAGAAUUCAUAGGCAUCAAGCAACUAUAUGAUGCGAAGUUGAUCCAUGUCCAGGUUCUUCAGCUUCUACAGUGCAUGUGUAAACAAGUAUCUAUGUUAUACGGCAAAGAACUUAAAGAUAGGGGUAUUAUUAUUGCAAUCAAUGAAGCUGUAAGGCAAGGGGUAACAGAGAUAAUUGUUGAGAUGAUUAGAGUUUAUCCCGAUAUAAUAGGGGCCAAGACCUCCGAUGCUGAAGAGAUAUUUAUAUCCGCAAUUGUAUAUCGGCAAGAAAAUAUUUUCAACCUUAUAUACGGGCUUGAUUCAAGGAAGUAUUCGGUGUUCACCGGUGUGGAUAGCCUCAAUAAUACUAUGUUGCAUAUGGCGGGAAUGCUAGCACCUUUCUCUCAGCUUACCCGCUUAUCUGGUGCAGCUCUGCAGAUGCAAAGAGAAUUGCAAUGGUUUAAGGAGGUGGAAAGCCUUAUAAGUCCUACCUUCAAAGAAACGAGAAACCAGAAUGGAGAGACACCAAGUGAACUGUUUACUAGGAGCCAUAAACAAUUGUUGACUGAAGGAGAGAAAUGGAUGAAGGACACUGCUACCUCUUUUACAGUUGUAGGCGCACUUAUUAUCACCAUUAUGUUUGCCGCAGCAUUUUCUGUACCUGGUGGUAACAAUCAGGAGAUAGGCCUCCCCAUCUUCAUAAACGAGAAAUCUUUUAAGGUUUUCAUAAUAUCCGAUGCAGUUGCGCUGUUUGCUUCCUCAACUUCAGUGUUAAUGUUUCUUGGUAUCCUGACAUCGCGUGAUUUCCUUGUUUCUUUACCCAGGAAGUUGAUUAUUGGUCUUUCCAGCCUUUUCUUCUCAAUUGCAGCCAUGAUGCUAGCUUUUUGUGCCGCUUUGAUGAUCAUGAUGAAUGGACAAUUGUACCUGGUUGUUCCAAUUAUUUUACUUGCUAGUGUUCCAGUGACCCUCUUUAUAUUGUUGCAAUUUCCUCUCCUUGUUGAGAUUUUCAUUUCCACGUAUGGAUCGAUCUUCAAACGGAAAAUGAAGCGAUGGCUAUGAGUAUUUCUCAUGUUGUAUGAAGCGACGGCUAGAAUUCAUAAUUCCUUUGCACGAGUAUGGUUUUUCUUUUUUUUUUUUUUUUUUUUUUUUACAGAUGUUGGAGAGAGUGAGUGUGUCACUGGAAUCCGUAUUAUUCAUUUGAGUGAUUAUUUUUCUUUUACCGAUUAUGUGGUUAAUAAAUACUUAUCAUAAAUUGUCUUUCCUA